AUGGAACGUGACAACUUCUUCAACUUCAACUUCUCCAACUUCUUCAACUUCAACUUCGCCAACUUCUCCAAUUUCUUCCAUUUCUCCAACUUCCCCAACUUCAACUUCUUCAUCUUCCUAAAUUUUUCCACUUCUUCAACUUCAAUUUCUCCCACUUCUUCAUCUUAUUCAAUGUCAAUCAACUUCUUCAACUUCAACUUCUCCAACUUUUUCGUCUUCAAUUUAUCCUACUUCUUUAACUUCUCCAACUACUUCAAGUUCAACUUCUUAAAUUUAUUCAACUUCAACUUUUCCAACUUCUUCAACUUUAACUUCUUCAACUUCAACUUCUCGAACUUCAUCAACUUCAACUUCUACAACUUCAACUUCUCAAACUUUUUUAACUUCUGA